UAGAAGUUUUCAAAUUGAUACAUCCUUCUUCACACAGGAAGACGUAUUUUUGACCUUUGUGACGGACUGUAGAAAAUCAGACAAUAAUCCUCACAACAGACAAGUCAUUUUAGCAUUACUUGUAUUGAAAUAACACAUCACCUGCACCGUAAGAUACAUGACCAAUACACCAUGGGAAAUGAAACCACAGACUUCACUGACUGGCCACUGACAACCGAAUUUGACUACAGUGAUUCAACGCCUUGCCCUGCAACUGAGGAAAAGCACUUUGCUGCGAUUUUUUUACCACCUCUUUAUUCUUUAGUGGUGAUAUUUGGCCUGACAGGCAACAUGCUUGUUGUCCUUAUCCUGGUAAAAUACAAGAGGCUGAAGAGUAUGACUGACAUCUACCUGCUCAACUUGGCCAUUUCUGAUCUGCUGUUUGUAUUUUCUCUCCCUUUUUGGGCUUAUUACGCAGUUCACGACUGGAUUUUUGGGGAGGCACUGUGUCGAAUUCUGUCAGGUGUCUACCUCCUUGGCUUCUACAGUGGCAUCUUUUUCAUAAUCCUCUUGACCCUGGACAGGUACCUGGCCAUAGUGCACGCAGUGUUUGCUUUGAAAGCCAGGACAGUUACCUACGGCAUCCUCACCAGCAUUGUCACUUGGGCUGUUGCUGUUCUUAUUUCUGUCCCCGGGGUAGUAUUCCACAAAACACAGAAGGAAAGUUCACGUAAUACUUGCAGUGCCCAUUAUCCAUCAGAGCAGAGAGAUACAUGGAAGCAAUUCCUCACCUUAAAAAUGAACAUCCUGGGACUUCUUAUUCCAAUGUUAAUCAUGAUCUGCAGCUACACACAAAUUAUAAAGACGUUACUGCAAUGUAGAAAUGAGAAGAAGCAUAAAGCAGUCAGGCUUAUUUUUAUUAUCAUGAUUAUCUACUUUUUUUUCUGGGCACCAUACAACAUUUGCAUUCUCUUGCGUGAUUUUCAAGGUGCAUUUUCCAUCUCUACUUGUGAACGGAAUGCUCAACUGCACAAAGCAAUUCAGGUGACAGAAACAAUCUCAAUGAUCCAUUGUUGUAUCAACCCUAUAAUUUAUGCCUUUGUUGGAGAAAAAUUUAGGAAGUAUCUUCACAGCUUUUUCCGAAAACAGAUUGCAGUCCGCUUGUCUAAAUUCUGUCCUGUUUUCUAUGCUGAUACAGCUGAACGAGCAAGCUCCACCUAUACACAAUCUACUGGAGAACAAGAAGUUUCUGCUGCAUUAUAAGUUGUGUCUAGUGAAAAAAUGGAAUUGUGAGAUCAACUAUGUGAUGAAAGACUGGUGAAUCUCUCCUGGAUAUUGCCCCUAAGGCAGCUAAUUUUAAAAAAAAAAAAUCAUAGAAUACAUAUUUACCAAAGUUUGCAUUUGCUCAAAAUAAAUGAAAAAGUUGUAGCAAGUUACCUGACUGGGGGCCUGAACUACCAGGCUAACAGAUUUUUUUGAAGUGAACUAGAGGUUAUAAAGUUACACUGGUUCUUUGGAAACAUCUCUUGGCUGUACAUUACACAAGAUACCUCACUCAUUUAAACUCAGUCUGAGUAAUAUUUUUUACUAGUCUAGUGGUGUAUAUCUGUAAAUAAUGCUGAAUUACUAAGGUCUGUCAUACAGCAUGGUAUGGAAAAUUUGAUACACUUAGAAUGGACUGUGAUAUUUCAUGAUAUAUUUUCCUUUGUGUAUGGUUGAGUCCUAACCACUUAGAUUUUUCUCAUAACAGUUCUAACUACUAGGGUCUAAUACCUGAGUGACUUUUGAGUUUGAUACUUCUGAAGGCUCUCUUUUACUCACCUGCUGUUUUAUAUGCUACUCAUGCUAAAAAGAUAAUGUAAUUGAUCUAUCAUUAAAAAAUUAAUGUCCUAUAGCUGUUCAGGAAAUCAGUGUGGUAACAGUAUUUUAAAACUAAAGUAAUUAAAAUAAAGCUUUAGCCAGGUUGGGUCAGAUGCAAAGACUGAGUCAACAGUGUUUUAGCUUUUUAGUGCAGUGAUUUUGCUUGCCAUUUUUGUAGCCUACGUAAGAGAAAAACUUUUUAAAAAAUGAAUGCAGGUGUAAUGGCUGCCGAACCACAACAGUGUUAGAGGUUUGAAAAUGAUUUCUGAACUGGAUUGACACAGAUGUUUUUAGAGAUAAAUGUAUGUUAUAAACAUCUAAGUUAACAAAACAUCUGAAUAAGUAAAAAUACUCCCUGUCCUACAGUGCCAAGAGCAUAAAGAAUCUCUCUUUUGUUUUAGAAGCUGAUCUCAUUUGGGGGGCUUUGACAAAGGGGGUUUUUUGCCAUUUAGGAGUUUUAGAGAGAGCAAAAGCUUUCAUAAUUACUAAGACUGGUGGUUAAAUGUGACUGUUUCUCCAUAAAGCUCAGAGCCUGGAAAGAAUGUGAACACAUAGAAAGCAUGAAAUAGAUAUUCGGCUAUUCAGGUGCGUAAGAACAUACUAUAAUCACAGUAUUAAUUAAUUUGGGCCAAGUUCUCCUUCUAACAGUUCUUAUCUUUUCCCUAAGACAUAUGGUAUUGGACAACUUUGGAGACUGGAAAUAAGAAGUCUUUUGUUUGCUGUUCCUAUCCAGAAGGGCAAUUUCUGUUUCCCAGCUUCUCUAGACAGCCUUUUAAAUAGUAUUUUCAAAGAAGAAAAUGUUUCAAAAAGUCUCAAAGGAAUUUUACAGUGGGAAGUGCUUAUUAAACCAGGAAGUGAAAUAGGGAAAUCUUUACUUAUCAAACCACUUGUUUUGAGUUAUUUAUUUUGUUAUAUUAAGCACCAUUUUGGAACUACAUCCACGUGGGAAGUGUAACAGAAGCAUACCGCACUUCCUCAUUUACAAGAUUUUCAGCUGCACACUCUUGUUUACGAUCCUGUGCAUCAAUUACUUUCUGGACUUUGUAUAUGUUUUUAAAAUGGGUAAAUAUAUCAGCAUAAUGACAAAUACACAUCUUCUAGUCAGCCUGGCUUUUUUUUUUUUCUUAUAGAACACAUUUAUGAAAACAAUUUUGUAUUUUAUUUUGCUUUUGACAAGAACUUUUGCUUGGUCUUGAAAACACCUUGCCUUUAGGAAACUGCUUUCUCUGGAGGGCUUUGGUGCCAGACACAGUAAUGCAUCUUCGUCAGCCCUUCAGGAGCAAAGUGCAACAACAAAAUGUGCGUGGGCACACUGACAAACUUUCUGAGAGUCAUGUCAAAACUGCUCUGAUCCUUCUACAGCAUGGACCUCUAAUCAUAGAUCUUUCUAAGCAACAAGCAGCUUCUGGAGGAAAGAGGUGGAAGUGAGAUUGGUGGCCCAGCGCAUCAGCAGCUUAUCAAGAGCUUCCAUCACUUCACAGGAAAGGGAUCAUACUUCAGCACAGGAAAGCAAGUCAUAUUUCAGCUACUGCAAUGAACCGUGAUCCACAUUCAAACAGGUUAUUGAAAACACAAUCAAAUUGAAAUAUUUGGUUGCACUGUUGGAACAUUCAAUUAAGGACUCUGCCAAGAACUGUAAUAAUAUUUAGUAUUAUACCAUCCAUUACAGCUGGUUAACUUUUUUGUUAGACUUCUUGAUCCCUUCCCACCUCCAUCCCCUUAUUUUUUUAGAAUAGCCCAGGAGAAUGAAAAGGAAAAUAAAUUCCUCUUCAUAAAACUGAAAGACCAGGCAGGAAAAAAUUCGAGUUUUACAAGUGGACUAAGUAUACCAGCAUAAUGAAAUAACACAGGACCAUCAAGGUAACUCCAGUCCUCUUAACUGCCUGUCACUAAUAAUCUAAUAAUAAAUAUGCUACUUUGGUUGUCAUUA